AUGGAUUUAAAGUUAACAAAACUUAAAGAAACUUUUGACAAAUUAAAAAAUUAUACUUAUAGAUUCGAAAUAAUUGAAACUGGAUAAGACGCAACAUAAGAAUUUUUAUGUAAAUUAUUUGUGAAUUCUUUAUUAAUUUCUUAAGGGUCAGGUAAAAAAAAAAAAAUUUCUAAAUAAUAAUGUGCUGAAUAAGGAUAUAAUGAAUUAAUAAAAAAGGAUUGGGAAUUUGCAGAAAAAAAUAAUAUUGCUAAACAAAAAAAUAAUUAUAUUGAAAAUCUUCUUCAUAUGAUUUCAGAAAUGAAAUCAAAAUUUCAUAUUUAUAAACUUUUAGAAGAAACAAUUGAAGAUUCGGGAGGCUAUAAAUAAUGUUAUUUAGAAUAUGAUAAUAUAAAAGCUGAAGGAUUUAGUUUUAAUGAGUUGGAAGCUAGAAAUACUAGUUCUUAUAAUAUGAUCUAAGCAAUAAUAGAAAAACAUCCUUAUGGUUAAUACUUUGAUAUUAUUAAUUAUUCUUAAGAUCCACAUAAAAAAGUGAAAAUAGAGUAUAAUGAUAAAAUAUAUGACAAUAAUCCAAAUUAACAGAUUAUUUAGCAACAUAGUCAAGCUAAAGCAAAUAAAUUACAAAAUUAAUUAAUUUCUCUGAAAAUAGAACAUUAAGAUAUUCCUUAACAACCAAAUUAUAACUAUACCUAGGAAAAUUGUGAUCUUAGUUAUUAAUUAGCAAAGUAACUUUAAUUAAAUAAUGAAUCAUAAUUCAUAUUUCUAUCAUUUAUGGAGUAUUUAAGACAAUUCAAUUUCGAAAUUGUUGGAUCUUUUUUAUCUAAAUCAAUUAGAAUAACUAAACCUGAAUUAGAUGUUAUAGUAGAAUAUCCUUCAGACCUUGGUAUAAUGUAAGACUUUUAUGCAUUGUAAACUUAAGCAUAAGGAAAGGAAUUUAGAAGAACACAAGAAGAUAAUGUCAUAACUUUUACCUAUAAUAACUAACCAAUAACAACUAUUUUAAACAUUAAUUAAAUUCCACCUCUUGCAAUAAAAUUAUAUUUUUAAACUGCAAAAAUUGAUGAAAAACAAUUAAUUCAUACUCGUGAGAUGCAAGAAUACAAUAAAAAAUAUGAAUAAUUACAUUUUUCUUCUUUAUCUUUAUGUCUUGUUCAUUAAUGGAGAGAUGAUAAUUUGGAAAUCUUGCCAAAAUAAGUAUUUUUAUUAUAAUAUUAUCUUAGUUAUUAGAUUAUUUAGUAGUCUAAACAACUAACUAAUUUAAUUAUUUAAACUCACCUUAUUAGGUUUUAAGCUAAAUUAUUUAUUUAUUAAAAAUAGGAGUUUUGGAAGAAUUAAAUUAAAGAACAUUUGAAGACAUAGAAAUAAAUCCAUUUUUGUAAUCUAUUUCAACUUAUUAUUUGGACCUUAUAAAAGAGAUAGAUAAUGAAUCUCUAAUUUAAAUUAGAUAAUGUGCUAUGCAGUGGAAUAAAUUGAAAAUUUAUAAUUGGUUGAAGAAAUAUAUUUGAAUAUGCU